GACUAUAUAUUGAUUCAACAGAGCUGGAAAUGGUUCGCUGAAACUCAUUCAACACGUUUUGUGAUCUCGAACGAGUCGACUCCUUCCGGCGGCAGAAGUCAGUCCCUGGCUGGUUUCAGCUCCAGAUGGGUUUCAGUGUUUAGGCAGCAGUAGCAGGUAGUCUGCAGGAUGACAGUUUGGUGUCUGUUGACAAGCUCUUCUUCACCUGUGCAUGGUGUGAUUGCGACUACCGUCGAUGCUGCAGACACAGAUGGAGGAUCUGAGACAGACAGCCGGAGAGGAGACGAGCUCACCGGACAGUCCCCAGCCAGAUGUCCGCUUCCAGAAGAGAGUAGCAGCGGUCAGCUGUCCUGCUCUGUCCGCCGCACGACUCACCUUACCUGGAGUCAUGGACGCCGAGGGGAGGGUCGACGAGUCAAGACUGAGGAUGCAUAUUUUCAAAAACGGUGGCGUUUGUCCCUCUGAGCGUGGCCUGGCGUGGCGGUUCCUGUUUGGGAUGUACCCAUGCAGCUCGACAGCUUUAGAGCGUUCUCUGCUGCAGGAGCAGAUGGCCGUGCGUUACCGGAUCAUGAAGAGAAAGUGGCAGCAGUUCCUUCCUUCGGCAGUGCAGAUGCACCUUAACGGCACGGAUGCUGAGUUGGUGGCGGCAGUCAGGUACUUUGAGCAGAGGCAGACACAGGCCCAGCAACAGACCCAGGACCAGUCGGAGGGGGUCAGCGACAGACUGGCUUUCUUGGAGCUUCAGGCACAGAUAUUGUUUGAGCGGGUCACGUUUGACCAAGAGGAGCUGCAGGAAGCCACGCGUAUCAUUGACAAGGAUGUGCCAAGAACCAACAGAGUACUGAGCUAUUAUCAGGGUGAAGGUUCAGGCAAUCUGUUGGUGUUAAGAGACAUCCUCAUCACUUAUGCUGCUUUUCAUCCAGAGGUCAGUUAUGCCCAAGGAAUGAACGACCUGUGCAGCCGGUUCCUGGAGGUUCUCGACUCUGAAGUUGACACGUUCUGGAGCUUCUCCUGCUACAUGGAGAAGUUCUCCAAGGACUUCAGGGCUGACGGUCUGCACAGGAAAAUAGAGUUGGAGGCAGCCCUGUUGAAGGAAUUGGACCCGCAGCUUUAUUCUCAUUUGGUCACAGACCGCAUGGAGAGCUUCACCUUCUGCCACAGGUGGCUGCUGCUGGGUUUCCAGAGGGAGUUUGAACACAGUGACGCAUUACGUUUGUUCGAGAUCCUGAGCUGUGACCACCUGGAGCUUAUCUCCCAGCAAGUAGACAGAGCCCGUUAUCAGGAAAGGCUGGCACGAAAAUGCAGACCAGAAGACAGUUCAAAUUCAGAGCUGCCGGCCAUUAACACUGACUUCACCUUUGAGCUCUUCAUCUGUGCAGCCAUCCUGUUAGAGAACAGAGAGUCUCUGCUGCUGUGCCGAGAUGAUGUACAACUCAUCCAGUUUACUAGCAGGCUUCAGGGAACACUGGACCUGAACAGCACACUGAAGAAAGCGGAGCACCAUUUGUACAACUACUGCAAGCGCUGUGCUUGGGAUUACAUGAAUGGGUGCUGCAGAGCAGACAAGGGCAAAGAAGAGGACUUUCUUUAUCAACUCCGUAGUUUACUUGUUUUAAAGUGAUAGCUACUAUUUAAAUACCUGAUGUCAAAGACUGUAAUGAAACUGUAAUUUGUAACAGGGGACAAAUAAUCCCUAUUUAGAGUUUUGAUGUUCUUUAUCUUGUUUUUUUUAUUUCUGAGGGAAACACACUAAAGGCUGCUUACCUUAAGUUGGAUCAGUUACUGCUGUUUAGUAUAAAUGUACAGUAUUUAUUAUAUGACAGUUGACCAACUGUGAGUUAUUUUUAGUUGCUCUUCUGAUCAUCCUUGAAUAAGAAAAGCUUAAGCUCAAUAGUAGCUCUUAUUAGGAGAUAGGAAUCCACGCCUUAAAGCAUUUGUUUUUCUGGGUUAUGCAAUAUUCAACUGCUAAAAGAAAGCAACUACUCGACAGACGUGCAUGAAUACUAAGAUCUGGUGUGUCGCAACAGGUGGUGUCGGUAACGAACUGCAGUUAUAUUUAAAGCCAGAGAGGUGUCAGAGAGGCAUAUGUAACAGGAAUAAACGUCCAGUUUUUUUAGCUCUGGCAGAGAGACCAUGCAGUAUGGGGAAGGAAAAGUUACUGCACUGUUACUGUCUUAAAUAUUGAAUGAAACACAUACACAAUACAAAUAACCCUAAAAAUUAUACCUCAAUGAAACUACUGAAGAUUGUUUACUAUGUUGAGUUGGCAAUAUCAUGGUGUUUUCCUCUUAUUUUAUAUACCUUACAUAAUAAAGGAAGUCAGCUUUUACUUUGAUAA